UUUUUUUUUUCUACGUCGAGAUACUAGGCGUUGUCGUGUUUUUUUUUUAAAAAGUCCCUCUUUGCUACUAUUUCCAUUCUUUAGCCCCAUAGUUGGCAAAGCCGCCAACGUCAGGUAUUGGUUACCUAUUAAUUAGAUACGAGACAAAUCAGGGGCAGGACCAAAGCAAGCCUAACAUACAAUUUUGACCUUAUCUUUUGUUAAUAGAAUGCGAUAAUUUCCAAGGGACUAGACCACAGACCAGACCACAGACCCAACCCUUUUUAAUCCACAUACAUUGUAUCUACCCAGCAUCCGCCCAGCCAUGCCUCCAAGUCGCCCGGCUACGACCGGCUACGAACGCCUGGCCCAGGCUGAUCAGUUUAGCGACGACGAUUCCGAAGAUGAUCCCUUAGCCCAGAGCUCCGCAUCGCUUCAACCUCAAUCUGCUCCUCGCUAUGCGCCCCUCACACAACCAAGGCCUCACUCGGGCAUGACGUCGCCGAAGGCACUUACGAAACUCAAGUAUCAGACAAGGCGAAUGCGAAGCAACUCGGGUGUUGACCUCAAAGCCAUCAACGCUCGUCUAGAACGAUGGGCCGACGAAAUCGCAUCAAAGUUCAAAAGGGGGAAGGGGAGGGGCAAUUUAGGUGAAGAGGAGCGCCUCGAAAUCCAUUACAGCGUCUUCCAACCCCCUCCGGGUGUCCGACCCGCGACCCCCGAGACGCUUGCCGCCAUGCCCAAGCCCGCCAUGUCUAAGGCCGAGUUCGAAGCUAUCGUCGAGAGCGUGCAAGUCGCCAUUGACCAAGGUAUGCAUCCGAGUUUGAUUACGCAAGGUAGCUCAGGGAGUUAUUUUGCGCGGAAUACCGACGGUAAGAUUGUUGGUGUGUUCAAGCCCAAGGAUGAAGAACCAUACGCUGCCGGAAACCCGAAAUGGAACAAGUGGAUUCAUCGAAAUUUAUUUCCUUGCUGUUUUGGUCGAGCAUGUCUAAUACCCAAUCUCUCAUACGUGAGCGAGGCAGCAGCGUACGUUCUUGAUUGCCAACUCCGUACCCACAUAGUCCCUUAUACCGAUGUUAUCUGGCUAUCAUCUAAGUCGUUUCACUAUCCGUAUUGGGAUCGCCGGAGCUUUUAUAGGAAGAGGAAGCCUCUUCCAGCAAAGCCAGGGAGUUUUCAGGUAUUCCUUAAGGGGUUUAAAGAUGCCAACGUCUUCCUAAGGGAAAACCCCUGGCCGGACCAGUAUUGGACUAGUUUUCGCUCAAACGACACUCACCGACAUAAGCAAAGAAGGUGGGCAGAAAACUGUCGACCGUCCAGUAGAGCUCCUCGUGAUGCCGACAGUGAGAGCGAAGAUGAACGCAAUGGCCCUGAACAACAGCCUCUUGGACCCGGCAACUUUAGGUGGACUGAGUCGCUGAAGCAGUCGUUCCGGGAAGAGCUCGAAAAGCUUGUCAUUUUAGAUUACAUCAUGCGGAAUACGGAUAGAGGUCUCGACAAUUGGAUGGUCAAAGUUGAUUGGGAAACCCAAGCAGUCUCGAUUACUUCCGAACCUCCACAACUUAACAUGGAUGUAGGAGAAGAAGACGACGAACAACCUGCAAGACCUGUACAUUUACCAGUGAGAGGAAACUCAAGAAGUCCUAACCCCUAUAAAGCCCAAAAGCCUAUGAAUGCAACGGGUACAAGCACGAGCACGAGCAAGAACCCUGAUCCUAAGAUCUCCCUUGGAGCGAUUGACAACUCAUUAUCAUGGCCGUGGAAACACCCGGACGCAUGGCGAAGUUUCCCUUUUGGCUGGCUUUUCCUACCUGUUGAUCUUAUUGGGCGACCUUUCUCCCAGAAAACGCGGGAUCACUUCCUACCUCUUCUUACUUCUACGCAAUGGUGGAGCCAGACUUCGCUCGAGCUACGAAAGGUAUUCCAAAUCGACCCCGACUUUCAGGAGAAGAUGUUCUCCCGGCAGAUGGCCGUAAUGAAGGGACAGGCUUGGAACGUUGUCGAAACGCUGAAGACCCCGGACCACGGACCGCUGGAGCUUACACGACGAGCCAGGGUAUGCGUUUGGGACGACUUGGUCGAAGUCCCCGUCGCUGUACCUAUGCGCGCUACAUCGUCUGAAGCGCGUCGUAGGGCCGAACCCGAGGCUCACAGCACUAUCGAGGAGGAAAUGGACAUCGGCGCAGCCAACUCAUCAGCACCUGCUGGUACCGUCGACGACCUGCUUGGGUUCUCCAGCCCGCUACCGAAUCCCGGGCGUUUCGAACUUUCGAGUUCCCACGAACAGUCGCCAGAACGACCCGAGCCCCAGAACCCAUUCGACGCUCUGUCAUCAGGCACCCGUCCGCAACUAUCGCGUCCACCAAGGUCAAGCUAUCAGGGUCCGUCGCGCACGCAGAUGAACAUGUACACGCCCCGCAAGGAGCGCCGGUACUCCUUUGCAACAGGUAUCAAUGGCGCUUCGCUCACCGCGAAGCUUCACGGUAACGGAAACGCUUACGACGAGGACGACAUGGAUGGAGAUUUGGGAUACGCCGCGGCUGAAACGAUGGAUGGCAACAGGCGGAAGGUGAUUGUGGAGCGGCUCGAGACCGUCAAGGCUAGGAAUCCGGUGUUCACUUGGUGCUAAGCGCUUGCCUGCCCACCCAACGACAUCCAGAACGAUAAUGAAGGAAAAAAAAAAAAAAAAAAAAAAAAAAAAAAGGUCACCUGUUUUGUUCGUCUGUUCCUACAUACCAACAUACAUUAGGUCCACAUCUAUCUAUCUGUCUGUCUGUCUGUCAGUUGUACAGUAACAAUCCCGCCCUAGGUACUAGAGAAGCAAAUUUCUCUCGUAUUUGCCGUCGCCCGACGGCUCGGCGGAACGGAACGGAAAAGAAAGAGAAGAAAAAAAAAAGGAAGUAAGAAAUAAGGGCGCGCGUCGUCUCAUCGUGACAUGGAAAGAGGGCACGGAUAAGGAACGGGCAUUGAUUGAAUUGCAUGAUCUUAUAUGUAUGGGUAGACGGGGAACAACCAUGGAUUGGUCAUCAAAGUGGUCAUUCAAAGUGUACAACAGCAAGGAGCACAGAGCAAGGAGCACAGAGCACAGAGCACAGCGCAGCUUAGCAUAAAAUAGCAUAGCAUAGCACGGCACAGCACAGCACGGCACGGCAGGCUACGAAAUCUAGAGCUUCUGCGCGCUAUGGAGCCUACAUAUAAAUCGUAAGACA